UACCAUAUUUCUGCGCUAUUAAAGUGGCCCUGUUUACGCGUAUUGUCCUGCACUUUCCAUGUACAUAUAGGCGAUCAGGAUGGUAGGCGUAAUCGGUCGGCGACGUCUCGAUGCACACACAUAAGAGUUGCGCUCUUACAACGUUCGGCUACGAGAACGCGGCAGGAGAGGAGAGCCUCGCGAAGCAAAAGGUGUAUCAGACCCAGGUAGGAGAGGUGCAUGCACACCUCCUGUGAGUUUACCAACACCGCGGCUCGACGAGCGGGCAGUUACUUUUCCGUUCUGAUAUCGCGAGGAUCUACUUCUCUCCAUACUGCGCGGAGCUCGCUGAUCACAUUACCUUUGGGUAGCUUGAAAGCCGCCUGAAAAUGAUGCUGAUCCUGUUUGCGCGCGCUAUUCUCAUUGCGCUAUUCACGCGCGAGAUACAAGCGAUCUCGUCGUCUUGGCGACCGAUCGCGCCCGUCCACGCCGACGGCACGGCGGGUAUACUGCAUCAGGAGGCAUCGAUUUUCGGAAACGCGCCUACGCAGACGCUUUACGACGUGGACAACUCUCAUCUGCUGUUGUCACACGACCAAGAGCAGUGUUCUCUUUACAAGGUGGCAAUGAACCAGCAGCUGUAUUUUGAGUACAUCCACUACAAGACAGAGCUGCCGAACAUGAAAGAGUUUACCCUUUGCAUGUGGACGAAAUUUUACAAUCACUCCAACGACCAUCCCUUGUUCUCUUACGCAGUUGGUGAUCAACCGCGGGGGAUACUGUCAUGGAUCGCGAACACACCAAGGAGUUCGUACUACAUGUUCAACAUCAACGGCCACAACUUGUACAGAUUGAAUUAUCCGCUGAGACUUAACAAGUGGUACCACUCCUGCCAGAGUUGGAACGGUCGCACCGGCGAAUGGCAGAUCUGGGUCAACGAUGAGCGCGUGGGUCGCGGGUUCAACAACAGGGUAAGUACGACUUGAUGCUGUCUUUGACCCCAGCCGCUUCAUCCUCUUGUCCUUAGAUAAACAGACGAAUAUAUCAAGUAUUCCGAAACCGACAGAAAGCAACUAGCAUUGUUCUUCAAAAUAUUCAGAGUUUUCCAAUUUUAAUAUUUGCCAUCUUGGCGCAAGUAUUUAUCUCGACGUAAAGUUCGAAUAGAGUCUACUUUGCACGUAGAAUAAAAUCUACUCGAGAUUAAAUUUAUAGAAUGUGUGUGUUGCUUUUCUUAUUGAAGAACUAAAAACAACUUACGUGAACUUGCUGACGUUUU